AUGCAAGCUGGCAUGGCCGUGCCCACCGUGGUGACCCUGCAGCCCCAGGCCGGCGGCGUGGCCCCCAGGAACACCUGGCAGACAGGGCUGGGCGACUGCUGCACCGACUGUGGUGUCUGCUGCUGUGGGAUGUUCUGCUACCCCUGCCUGGGCUGCCAGGUGGCAGGGGACAUGAAUGAGUGCUGCCUGUGUGGGACUGGCAUGGCCAUGAGGACCCUGUACCGCACCAGAUACAACAUCCCGGGCUCCCUGUGCUCUGACUUCUGUGUCACCCUCUGGUGCCCUGUGUGCUCCCUGUGCCAGAUCAAGAGGGACAUCAACCGCCGGCGGGCCAUAGGCAUCUUCUGGUGA